AUGAUAACACAAGCUGAACAUCUUCCAAAUGAAUUAUGGUUUAUAAUUUUCUCAUAUUUCGAAGCACAUGAUCUAGUUUAUACUUUUUUCAAAUUAAAUUAUCGUUUUACUCAAUUACUUUCUUCCAAUUAUUUAACAUUUUAUAUUCAAUUGAAUAAACAAAACUAUCGUUAUACUCCAUAUACUCCUACUCCUCGUUGGUUUAAUCGAAUAGUAAAUCGCAUUACUUGUCUACGAUCAACAAGUCAAAAUAAAUGUGGAUAUAUUCCUGAAUAUCUUCGUCAAAAUGCUCAAAAAUUCAUUCGAUUACAAUCAUUAACAAUUACAAUAAAUUCUCAACAAACAAAUAUUAUUUAUCGAAUUCUUCAUAAACUUCCUUCAUUAGAAUAUUUAUCGAUUACAUGUAAUAUUCAAGCAACUUUAUUAAAAAAUAUACUUAGUAUAUCUACUCUUCGUAUAUUUCAAUUACAUAUCAAAGAAUUCUUAUGGAAUAUUAUAAAUCCUUUACAUGUAAACAGUAAUAUUGAAAUAUUUUAUAUUCAUUUUUUAUAUGUAAUUGAUUAUCGAUUGGUAAAUUGUUUAUUGGCUAGUAUGUCAAAAUUAAAACAAUUGGAUAUUUCAAGUAAUCAUGAUUUAUGUAUUAGUUUAAAUAGAAAAUUUAAUGAUAUCAUAUUCAAUCUUUUACAACUUCGAACUAUUAAAUUUCAAGGAUCUGAACAUAUUUUAUGUAUUUUUUUAAAACAUUUACAAACAAAAAUACAUAAUCUACAACGUCUUCAUUUGAAUAUUAAAUGUCGAUUUUUUAAUGAAGAUUUUUUUCGAAAUUUAAUCUUUUAUUGGUAUCCAAUUUGGAAUAAAAUUGAAAAAGUUUAUUUUCGUGUUGAAGGAUAUAUUUUAAGUAAUGAUUCAAAACAAACAAAUCAAUAUAAAAAAAUAUUAACUAUAAAAAAUAAAGAAUUAAAUAAUUGUUUCAAAAUUCAAUGGAUACUACCCAAUUAUCAACUUAGUUUAAAUACUAUAUUAAUUAUUUCAAAAUAA